AUGGCAGACGACGCAGUCCCUACGUACACCCUCAUCCAAGCCGACGGCUUGUACCCAGACGACACUGUCGAGCAGGAGAUCUUCGCUCCACGACCCGGCCAGAACUACAAACUCGAGUUCAUAUCCACAGGUCUCUGGCCAACUGGCACCUCCGAACUCGCCAAGAAGCCAUGGAGUGCUAUUCCAGAAGACGUGCGGAACAGGAUAGAUGGGAUCAUGGUCUUGAAGAUAGGUUUCACUGAGCAAGAUGUGGAGCUAUUCCCGAAGCUCAAGGUGUAA